UCCACCCUCCUGACUCCGAGCACAGACAGAAGCCUCUGUGACAGUGGACGGCUGUAAAAGACCAGAUAAGCUGCUCUGGGAAUGGGACCACAAAUCAGAAGCAAGAAAAACUUUCAAUUCUUUCGACUCAUCCCACUCCGGAGGCACCUUUUUAUCCAAAGGGAAUGAUUUUUUUGUUUUACUCUGAACGGAUCAAAGGACAGGUUUCAACAAAUGGGAUAAAGUAGGGAUAUAUUUAUAUGUAUAUACAUAUAUAUUUGCCAAAUGGGCUUUUUUGUUGCCCGUUUUGUGCUAGCCACGCUUUUUUUUCGACUAUUUCUCACCUUUUGCACAGACUAAAUAGAUUUAGCCCAAGACAUACUUAUACAGAGUGCAGAUUGGACUUUGCAAAAAUAGUUUAAUUAGGACUUAAAUGACACAUUGGUAAUAUAAAUCUGUAACCUACAAAGAUAACACAGGUUCCAAGAGAGUAACGCAGAAUAAAGCAGCGGAAGUCUUUUGUUAGAAUAAAGGGCCAGGAUUUCUAAAGGUGCGUCUCCUGGGCCGUGGUGGUGUAUGGCGCUGAGUGGUGUAGGGAUAACAGAGAGGUAAUUUACUUUCUUCCUAAAUUACAAUGGCAAAGUGGUUCAAAGAGUUCCCCAUAAAUUUGAAGAAUGGUACCGACAGGAUCCGCUCAGCUUCCGAAUCGGGAUCCCAGUCAAGGGCCAAACCCGGACUGGUGGCGAGCAUCGGUACCAAAGCAUCAGUCCCCAAAGGAGGGCAGCGGAAAAAUUCCACCUCUGUAGACAGUAGUCAUAGUGGUGGUGGAGGAGUCGGCUCUCUCCUGUCUGGCAGAAAUCGGAAGAAUUCAGCCAUUGAGUUGGGCAGAAACGGCACAGGUUCACCAAAGGAUGGAAAAGUUUGGGAUACUCUUCUGUCGAGCAAAAGUCGCAAGAUUUCCAAAGCAGAUUCAGUAUUUGAGGAGCAGCAUCGGCCCCUCAAAACCUCUACCUCUGCAAACGCUUACAUUAACCGGCUGAUCAGAGUGGACAAACAGGACAAAACCCCAAAUUUCAACACUGGUACCUUGAGUGGCCAAGUGGCGGCUGAAAUGGAAAAACCACAAGUGCAGUGCAAGUCGGAAACAGUGAUCAUCCUUGAGGAUUAUGCAGACCCAUUCGAUGCACAGAAGACCAGGGAGCAGAGGGAGGCAGAGAGAACGGGGGAAAACGAUGGUUACAUGGAGCCUUACGACGCCCAACAGAUGAUCACUGAGAUCAGACGGAGAGGGUCCAAGGACCUGUUGAAGGUGUGUGUCCUGCUGGAGGGGGUCGAGGGAACCGUUGAGGAAAGUCAACCCGCGCCCUUGCAGAUCUAUGAUACCCCAUACGAGGGCGGUGGUGACAGUGAAGGUGCAAAGACGCCCGUCACACGACCGGAGCUGGACCCCCGUCCCUCCACCGAGUACGAGCUACCAUGGGAGUGGAAGAAGGAGCAUAUCGUCAAAACUCUGUCAGCACAGUUUGACAGUCCUGAACGCCUUUCCCCAGCCAAAGACGAGGCCGCUCAGCUCACGCUAACAAAGCAGCCCCAGCAGCAUCUGAGGCAGAAAAGCUGGACUCAGAAGAUCCUGAGGUCUUCUCCAACCCUGUCGCCCUCCUCCAACUCCAGCAGCGGCCCUGAGACUGAGCCCUGCCGCGUCGACCCCUCCCUGCCGCUGGACAAACAGAGCUGGUACCAUGGCUGUGUGACUCGCCAGGAAGCAGAAUUUCAGCUGCAGUCCUGCAAAGAGGCCAGCUUCCUGGUCAGGAACAGCGAAUCCGGCACAAGCAAGUACUCUAUUGCCCUCAAGACAAGCCAGGGGUGUGUUCAUAUCAUUGUGGCCCAGACCAAGGAGAAUGGCUACACCCUGGACCAGAGCAGCUGUGUGUUUCCCAGCAUUCCCGAGGUGGUGCACCACUACUGCACCGAGCGCCUACCUUUCAACGGUGCAGAGCACAUGACCCUGCUGCACCCUGUGCCCCGUGUUUACUGACUCCCCACUGUCUCGUUAAAAAAAACAACAAAAAAAACGAACACACCUCUCUCUGCAACAACUGUUCCCCAAAUAUCUCCCGCAGACCUCUGUCUCAGCACAUUGUCCUGAUUCACUAUUCGUUUUUCUGUGAUAUUGUCAUCCUUCUUGUUUGGCGAUCAGCGGAGGGGGUGUAGCUCAGUGUCGAAGUCACGAGGCUGUUAGUUUGACUGAGUGCAUUUUACUUUCAUGUGCAGCAGAUGUAAAACACCCAGGCUAAGGUUUUGCAUGUGAAAAUAGAAUAGAGGAGCUCAGUCAGCACAGAUGGUAUGGCACUUUUACUAAGCAAAGUUAAAAGGGGUUGGUUCCCUGGUAUGAUUGGGACAGAUGGGGUCAUGCACGGGUAUGAAUCCCGAUUUAAAAAAAGAUGCAAAAGUCGUUAUUGUUGUUAUUAUUGUCUGAUAUUCACAAAACAACAACAACAAUGUACUUUUAAUGAGCCGAUGAAAGGAGUCCAAAGGGAUCGAGUUACAGUUGUUAUCUCCCUCUGGUGGACGUGCUGGUACACUGCACCAACCAAACCCUCAAACCUACAUGGAAAUCUUGAAGCGACACGCUAUUUUAUGUUCACACUCACAGUGGAUCGAUAUGAAUUAUACUCUAAACCGUGUUGCUCCUCUGUGUAACUGUUCUUGAUAAUUUACUCUCUUGUUGUACUGUGAAAGAGGGAAGUGUGUUUAUCUGCCAUCUGCACUGUGAACUGCCCGGGUGAGUCGGCCCCAUGCAACGUGCCACGAUUUUAGAGUUGUGUUGUUCUCGACGGGAACUGACAUCCUAUUUGCCUCUUAGUCAUUGGUUUUUAAUUAAGCUGCCAUGUUUGUUUAGUCUGGCUUCUAUUCGGGUAACAGAGAAUUAACGUUCUCAUUUGACAGGGUUGAAUAGGAUCUAUGUUGAGGUCCCACUGGACGGGCACGCUUAAUGGAAAGACCAUUUUAUACACACAUACACACACACACACACACAAACAAAGGUGAAGAAUUAGUUAAAAAAAACAUCGUAAUGCGGUUUACAGAGUCAAUCAAAGACUAAUUUUGGCUGCUUCAAGAAGAAAACGUGUGUCGGUCAUCUCUCGUGUGUGUUAUUAUUGUUAAUUUGGAAUCGCCAUCCUACACCUCUGGUGCUAAGAGAUUUAAUGGCCCAAAUAGAAGUGCCGGUUUUAAUCUGUAAACUGAAAGUUGUUUUUUUUUGUUGCUUCUUUUAUUUUAUAUUCUUGUAAUUCAGACUGGUGUCAUGUUUGGUGUAGUCUGUGUGGGGGAGUGAUAGCUUGUCACUUUUGCUUCAAUGUGCCCAAAAACAUUAGUUUAUCUCUGCCUGUGGACUGACCCCCACACACGGUUUGUAUGUUUGAGGAUGCUUGUCGUUGAAACACGAUUUAACUCUGCAACAAAUUAUAAUAAAAGGUCCCGAAUAUCAACGUGAGAGAGAGUUUGACAGUGUGUGAAAGAGUGAUAAUACUGUAGCUAAUUCGGGGGGGGGGGGGGAACCAAAGGAACUGCUGCCGCCGGGACGCGAACCCGUAUCGCCUGCAUCGCGAGAGAUAUCGCUAACCGCUCGACUAAUGGGUCCGACUCGUCAGGCAAUGGCCAACGUGUCUACUUAUCCAUGCACGUUACAGUACGUAAGACCUCAUAUAACAGAGAGGUUUUUUUGGGGGGGCAUUUUCCAUCUUUCCCCCCCCCCCAAUUGCACUCGGCCAAUUACCCCAUCCUUCUGAUCCAUCUCGGUCGCUGCUCCACUUCCUCUGCCGAACUGGGGGGGGGGGGGGGGGAGCUGCAGACUACCGCAUGCUUACUCCAAUACAUGUGGAGUCGCCAGCUGCUGCUUUUCACCUGACAGUGAGGAGUUUCGCCAGGGGGACGUAGGGCGUGGGAGGAUCACGCUAUUCCCCCCAGUUCCACCUCCCCCCUGAACAGACACCCCGACCGACCAGAGGAGGCGCUAGUGCAGCGACCAGGACGCAUACCCACAUUCGGCUUCCCACCCGCAGACACGGCCAAUUGUGUCUGUAGGGACGCCCGACCAAGCCGGAGGUAACACGGGGAUUUGAACCGGCGAUCCCCGUGUUGGUAGGCAACAGAAUAGACCGCUGCGCUACCCAGACAUCCUUUCCACCUUUAUUUGAUAGUGAUGGUGGAGAGAGACAGGAAAGGAAGGGGAGAGAGAGGUUAUGACAUGCAGCAAAGGGCCCGGGCAGGAUUCAAACCCAGGCCGCUGCGGUAAGGACUCAGCCCUAGAUAAAGUACACGCUCUACCAGGUGAGCCACCAGGGCACCCCCAAGAGAGAGUCUGAUAGUGUGUGAGAGAGGGUU